AUGGAAAGAAGUAUGUCAGAACCAGAUGCGCUUUCAGAAAGAUCUAAAUUGGCUUAUAGUAUUGGAACUGUUCUAAAUGAUUUAACUCUACCAAUGUGGUUUUCAUAUUCACUUGUAUUUUAUCAUCGUGUGGUGAAUUUUACAACUGCGUCUGCUGGUUAUUUAUUUUUAAUUGGACAAAUAGUUGGUGCUGUAUCAAUAAUAUUUAUUGGCUUGGUAUCUGAUCGUACACGAAUUGGUCUAUUUCAUUAUGGAAGACGAAAAACUUGGCAUCUUAUUGGUGUUAUUUGUACACUUUGUUCAUUUCCAUUUUGUUUUAAUUUAUGCGUUGGAUGUAAAGAUAGUGAUUUACGGGUACAAUUUAUUUAUUAUACAAUAUUUAUUAUUAUUUCUCAAUUUGGUAUAUCAUGUUCACAAGUUGUACAUUUAGCAAUGAUCAAUGAAUUAACACAUCAAGAUAGUGAACGCGUUGCACUUUAUGCAUAUCGUUUUGCUUGGGCUUUCAUAUCAAAUAUAUUUGUUUAUGGAAUGGCUAGUAUUUUAUUAGGAUUUCCUUCAAAUAAUGAUAAAAAUAAUAUAACAUCAGCUGAUGCACCUAUAUUUCGUACAUUAGCAUUUAUUGUUGUUGGUUUUGGUUUUAUUUGUAUGAUUAUAUUUCAUGUUGGUUUAAAAGAAUCUCAACAACCAGCUGAAGAAACACAAUAUCAUUUACAAUUAUCAUCUAGCGAAAGAUUAAAACGAAUGACGUGGAAAAAUUUUUUAUGUGAAAAAGAAUUUUAUCAAUGUACAUUUAUUUGGACAUGUGCGAGAGUUAUUCUUAAUGUUACACGGAUAUUUAUUCCAUUAUGUAUAAUUGAUACAAUCUUAACAUUAAAUCGAGUAUUUGUUGCUAUUGCUCCAUUAUGUAUUUGUAUAAUUGGGGUACUUGCAUCUUUUCCUAUGCGUGCAUUAAACAAACGAUUGGGUCGAAACCUAACUAGUAUUGUUGGUUUUGGUUUUAUAUUAGUUAGUGUGAUUUUAUUUUGGUUUAUUUUUGAUUUAAAAAGUAAUAUACAAAUUGAAAUAGCUAUAAUAUCAACUUGUGUUUUACUCGGUAUUGGAAUAUCAACAAUAAUCAUUUGCUCUUCUGCUCUAGCAUCUGAUUUAAUUGGUUCAAAUACAGAAUGUGUAGCAUUUGUUUAUGCAAUAAUGUCAUUUACUGAUAAAAUUGCCGAUGGUGUAGUUAUUGCUAUUAUUCAACAGUUUAAUCCAUGUACAUUAUCUUCAACACGUAUCUGUGCAUUAUAUUAUAGAUAUAUAGUAACAUUUAUAUCAAGUGGUCUUGCAAUUUUAUCGAUCAUAAUGAUAUUAAGUAUAUGGAAAACAAAUAUAGGUGGUAACCGCUAUGAAAUAAUUCAAGAAGGACAAAAUGAUACAGAUCCAAAAACUGAAGUUGCAAAUGAGAAUAAAUACAGUUUUUUACUCAAAAUAUUAAUAAAUAAUUAUUAUGUUGUUCAUUUACUUGGUAAUGAUUUAGGGUUUGAUGCACAAAUUGCUGGUUAUUUAACAUCAUCUGUAUCAUCAAAAACAGCUGGAAAAUAA